CGUCCGCCCUCCGCCCUCUCGCCUCUGAGCGCUUCCCUCCCUCCGGGGCUGGGCCUGCCCCGGCUGUCGCGGAGCCUCCGUCCGCCACACGUUAGCUGUCGGUGUCGUGGCCACCGCCUCCAGGCAGCCCGCAGCAAGCCGGCUUGGUGGCCCGACGAGCGCGGCGAGCCCUCUCCGCGAUGCUGUGCUUCCUCAGGGGGAUGGCCUUCGUCCCCUUCCUCCUGGUGACAUGGUCGUCCGCAGCCUUCAUCAUCUCCUACGUGGUCGCGGUGCUUUCGGGGCACGUCAACCCCAUUCUCCCCUACAUCAGUGACACAGGAACCACACCUCCAGAAAGUGGUAUUUUUGGAUUCAUGAUAAACUUCUCUGCAUUUCUUGGUGCAGCUACGAUGUAUACGAGAUAUAAAAUAGUGGAAAAGCAAAACGAGACCUGCUAUUUUGGCACCCCCGUCUUUAACUUGGUGUCCUUGGUUCUUGGAUUGGUGGGAUGUAUCGGAAUGGGCAUUGUAGCUAAUUUUCAGGAGUUAGCUGUGCCUGUUGUCCACGAUGGUGGCGCCCUUCUGGCCUUUGUCUGUGGUGUGGUUUACACGCUCCUGCAAUCGAUCAUCUCCUACAAAUCAUGUCCCCAGUGGAACAGCCUCACCACAUGCCAUAUCCGGAUGGCCAUCUCUGCCGUUUCCUGCGCAGCUGUGGUCCCCAUGAUUGCCUGUGCUUCGCUAAUUUCUAUAACCAAGCUGGAAUGGAAUCCAAAAGAAAAGGAUUAUGUGUAUCACGUAGUGAGCGCUAUCUGUGAAUGGACCGUGGCCUUUGGUUUUAUUUUCUAUUUCCUAACAUUCAUCCAAGAUUUCCAGAGUGUCACCCUAAGGAUAUCCACAGAAAUCAAUGAUGACUUUUGAAAGAGCAGGAACCCUGUCUCACUCAGUGAACGUCACAGGCAGCUUCUGCAAGUGGCACCCAGGACGGAUGGACUUGCAUGUCACCCUGACCAGGACGCACCUGUGACGCAUCCGGAACUUGAACUUCAUUAAGAAUUUCUAGUAGUUGUUCUUUUUACAAAGGUAUGUUUUUCUAGAGAAUGCUUAGCAUCAACGACACUUUAACAAUACUUUUAUAUUUUCUCUUUAUAUGAACAAAUUUAUAUGCAGAAAAGACUAGACAUGGCAGAAAAUGGGGAUAUUUUUGUAUAGAUUAUUUAGACUUUUAUGUAUGGAUGACUUAUGAAAAUACACUAAGUGAAACAAUGUUAAGUUUAGUACAUUUAUUUUUUUUAAGAAAAAAAAAAGAAGCCAAAUCAGGGGAAUAUUCACUUGAAAUUUCAUUUUUUAAAACACAAUGACCUGCAUAUAUUUUCAUCUUGAGCACUUAUAUAAUGUAAUUCAUAGUGAUUGUAUACCCUAAUGGUAAAGAUUCAGUAAAGAUUAAUACUAAAGCACUUUGAUUUUUAGUGCAUGAAACAAAAAUGUUUUAAAGUUAAGGCUUCAAAAGCCAUUUGCUGUGCACAUUAACCAGCAGAGGUAGAAGGACCCCAGUUUGAAAACCCAGUCUCCCACAGAAGCUGCUAUUAACUGGGGGCCCUAGGAACUAAUUCCUGGUAGGAUGGGCUCCGCAUGGCAGCUUAGAAAUGACAAACUUCCCGGGGACAUGGCAUUAGGAGUGAGACUUCUUAGUUUGCCUGUCAGCCCAUCAGAGGCCGGGAGGCAGGAGAUGGGCUAGGAACCCGGGGACAGGCUGCUGUGUGUUGCGCCUUUCAAUGCCUGUGGCCACUGUUAGUGACAUCACAGGGCAGGUGUCGUUCAGGCCCACAGACCCCACCUCUUCACCCAGUUCACAACCGACAGAAGAAACCCCAGCUGUUGUAGAGGGAGAAGUGUCCUUGGAGGUGCUGAUGAUCCCAAGUCCCUUGUCUAAGUCUGGACAAGUGGAGCUGCCUUGAGGGCACAUGCCGGGGGCAGAACAGCCCAUUGGGACAGCCUUGGUGCUGGGACACCUGGGGACAGAGGGACACCUGGAUGGGUGAGGUUCAGCAGACACUUCUGCCAUGACACCCUGCAUCUUCUCAAGUGUCGAAUGGUGGAAACUGGCAACCAUUUCUGAGUCUACUGUAAUAUAAUAUAAUGCCACUUUGGUCACUGGAAAAGACAGUGACCUUUUCUGAUUCUGAAGAGAAAGGGGAGCCGGCACCUUUCCUGUGGAAACUGUGGUUGACUGAAUCUGUGCCUGCUCUUUGCUUUGGGCAGGAAUAUUGUUGGAACACCCUAGAAAUGCAGGUGGCUUCUCUGCAUUUCUACUGGAGACUGGGCGCUCCCUCCUUUAGGGCAGAACAGGUGCCUUUACCUAGAGUUCAACACCGUGCCUUCUGGUACACAGUGGGUGCUUAAUAAAUAAAUACGCAUUGAAUGUAUGCACGUAUCAAUAAUUGAACAAAUCAAAUAAUGACGGGAUGUCUGAGGAGCUGGCUAGGGGGUUUACUUACUCUGGUUAUUUUGAUGUCAACAGCUAAUCCAUGCUGCCUAGUAAUGUUGUCCAUUUUGCUUUGUGUACCACGCAUGUUUAGUUGUUUGGGCCUCAUGACUGUGACAACUCUCUUCUGGACAGAUACCACAGAAAUUGUUACAUGGGCUAGACCUGUCUUGGCAAACCGAAAAGGCCCCAAAUCACCCCAUUCUGCAGAUUCCAUGCAACUUCUAACGUUAUCCCCAUUUUGGUAUUAUUUUUAAUUUCUACAAAUGUGUAUUUCCUUGGACUGCAUGCCCGAGAAGGUAAAAUAAAAUAUUACUUUAUUUUA